AUGGCUUUAAAUUCUCGAAAUUUCUUUAUAUCAACAAUUCUCGUAUUUAUUACAUUUAGUUUCUUGAUCGAUAAAUUUCAAGAUACGACCAAUAAUCGAUUUUUAUUUGAAACCUCAUCACAAUCACAAGAUGCAAUUGAAUUAUUCGAAAAAUAUUUCAAACAAGAACAAGAACAACCUUCUAUGGAACUCGUUUCAGCUCACGUCUAUACUUCAGCAAUUUUACCCGAAGUAUUUUAUGAAAUAUUUAGUGAUGAAUUUGUAGAUCAAUAUUGGGAGAACAUUGCAACGGCGAGUCAUGAACCGGCCCCAGUUAUCUUUUAA